AUGAAAGACAUCGAGAAGCUUCUACUCACAGGCUACAAAUGGCGUUCCUCCAAGUGGUUCAUUCUCUCGACCGUGGCAAUCGCCUUGUUUGCUGAAACCUUCCUCUAUGGCUUUCUAGUCCCUAUCCUCGGAGAAAUGAUUCGGAAUCGCCUUCAUGUGCACCCAUCAAAAGCUCAGGAGUUGACCUCCGGUGUUCUUGCCCUGCAUGGUACUCUAGCCGUUCUCUCCGGUCCUAUCAUCGGUCAUUUCGCCGACAAGAACCCAAAUCGCAAGUCUGCACUACUAUUUUCUCUUGCAUGGUGUAUUAUCGGCACUGGCAUAGUAGCCAGCGCUAUUUCGGUCCCUAUGCUACUAUUAGGCCGCGUGAUGCAAGGUAUCGCCGGGUCUGCUGUGUGGAUUAUCGGCUUUGCAACAGUCGCAGACACUAUCAGUCCGAAUCAUAUAGGUUUUGCAUUGAGUAUGAUGAUGUCUUGCGCAAAUACCGGCACAAUCAGUGGCCCAGCAGUGGCUGGACUACUUUUAGAGGCGGUUGGUUACUGGCUGACAUGGUCGGUUCCCCUCGUGGUUCUAACUAUAGACUUCAUUGCACGCGUGUGUAUGAUAGAGAUUCCAGCCAGCCCUUCCUCAUCUACAGCCAAUGGCAGUCCAACAGAGAAUGAAAGUCUGCUUCCUUGCAAAGAGCAACAAAUACCACCCAAAAUCGGAGAUUUCUGGCGCAUAAUGCUAUGCAACGGUCGUGUUAUGACCUGUCUACUGAUUAUCACCAUGGGUGCAACCGUCAGCACGAGCUUCGAUGCGACACUUCCUCUCUACGUCGAAGAAAAAUUCGGAUGGGGCCCUAGUACUGCUGGACUCCUUUUUGCUGGACUCGUCGUUCCAGGUGUCUUUAUUGGCCCUGUUGCUGGUUGGGUCCGUGAUCGAAUCGGAACGCGGCCACCUACCGUGCUCUGUGCCAUUCUUCAGGCAAUUGUGUUUGGCCUUAUGGGCAUUGCUGGUGGUGACAGUUCUUGGGCGAACGUUCAGAACAUGGGCAAACCAAUUUACGCAGCUUGUAUCGUUGCUAUAGGCACGUUGCGGCCAUUUGUGUCUGGUCUUGUGCCUGUUGAACUGACGGCUACUGGUAAAGCAAUACAAGAAAGAUCCCCAGGUAUCUUCGGGUCCAAGGGAGGCAUGUCACGUUUAUUCUCUAUGAUGGAUGUUUCUGCUUCCCUCGGGACUAUGAUUGGCCCUAUCAUUGGUGGCUCGCUAAAACAAAUGUUCGGCUAUAAAUACAUGAGCUGGACCUUGGGUCUUGUAUAUCUCCUCCUAGCUGCUCUUGCAGUGCGCUUCUUCGGUCCAGAGGAUACCGAUAAAGCGCCCUGUUCCGAGGAAGAGGCGUAG